AUCUUGUAUUUCAGUUGAGAAAGUUUUUCAAUCGAGAGUGGUGCUCGAACGGUUGCGAUACGAUUUUUUUUCGAACAAGUAAAAAAAAAUAAGUUCCAUUCUAAAUUGGUUUCCAACAUCUCAUGCUGGUUAGAAAAAAUUUAAUGCAGUAAAAAAAAACAAACGAGAGAGAAAACGGAGAAGAAAAGACAAAAAAAAGUUUAUCAUUUGAAUAAUAAAAUAUAAAUUUGAUUUCAUUGACGAAAAGGCAUAACGAACAAAUAAAAUUUCCACUCAAAAAAUUGAAACAAAAUCCAAUGACUUUUAACGUUAUUUAAAUAGCGAGGAGGAAAAAAUCACAGAAAAAGAGCAACACGAUCCUGUUUAUUUAUUAUUAUUUUUUGCAGUGAAGUUCUAGUCAAUUUGAUAUAAAUCACUUUCAUUUGAAUUCUAAAAAUGAGAAUAAGUUGUUUUACCACUAAUGAAAAGAUUAAACAAACAAUAAAUCUAUCCAUUCGAUCGUACAAAAAAUAAAUAAUCGAAUUUUAAAUAAGGUAAAAAGGAAAAUCAAGAAAGAGAGAGAGAGAGAGAGAGAGAGAGAGAGAAAGAAAAAAAUCAUCAAUUGUGAAGCAUCAUCAAAACGGAAAAUCUGCAACUUAAGUGUGAGUGUGUGUGUGUGAUUUCAAAAGCUUGCUGCAAAACACACGUUCAACAAUUCCAGAAACAAAUUCUAUACUCGGUUCAACAUAUUUUUUAGGGCAGUCAGUGUCUUUGAAGUGAAAUUGUUCGUUCGAGUUGUCAUCAUCAUCUUCGUCGUUGUCAUCCUUCCGUACAAUAUAAUUACAAAGUGAUAAUUAAAAGCAUUGAAGCGAAUUGUAAUCAGCAAUUGAAUAUUGUAUCUCCAACAUGAUGGAGAUACUGUGCGGCAAUUUUGGUAGCGUGAGGUCAGCAGCGAAUGUAAGAAAUGUACUCUUUUUUCUUGUUGGUAUCUGUGGCGUGUUUCAAUUAGUGCAUGGUCGACAUCGAGACGUUGAUAAUUUGCCAUACGAAACAGCAUUGAAAUAUGAUCGACACUUAAGUUCAGCGGAAAAAUCUGCCGACGAUGAUGCCUUUUUCACUCCAUAUUUGGGCCAUGGCGAAGCAGUUAGAGUAGUUGAUCCUGAACUAGGUACAUUAGAGCGAGAACAUUUAAAAGACGGCGUUCAAUCAGCUACUUCAACGAAACGAAAGAAUAUUAGUCGACGAGAAUCGAAUAACGAUCCAGAAGACAAUGAUCCAUUAGUCGUUGCUAUUGAAAAGGGAAAAAUUCGAGGUAAAACUCUAACAUCGGCGUCCGGCAAAAAACUGGAUGUAUUUCUUGGUAUUCCAUAUGCAAAACCACCCGUUGGACAGUUGAGAUAUCGUCAUCCGCGUCCAAUUGACAAAUGGGACGGUAUAUUAAAUACAACUGUACGGCCUAAUUCAUGUGUUCAAAUCAUGGAUACGGUAUUCGGUGACUUUCGCGGUGCCGAAAUGUGGAAUCCAAAUACACAGCUAUCGGAAGAUUGUCUCUAUGUAAAUGUAUUUGUGCCGCAUCCACGACCCAAAAACUCACCAGUUAUGCUAUGGAUCUAUGGCGGUGGAUUUUUCCAAGGCACAAGCACACUGGAUGUUUACGAUUACAAAGCACUCGCAACCGAAGAGAAUAUUAUCGUCGUAUCGAUUCAGUAUCGUGUGGCUAGUUUGGGAUUCCUUUAUCUUGGCAUACCAGAAGCACCUGGAAAUGCUGGCCUUUUCGAUCAAAAUAUGGCACUGCGCUGGGUUAAAGAUAACAUUAAACACUUUGGUGGAGAUCCAAAUCGCAUCACUUUAUUCGGUGAGUCGGCUGGAGCUGUGUCUGUAUCAUUGCAUUUACUGUCGGCUCUAUCCAGAGACCUAUUUCAACGUGCCAUCAUGCAAAGUGGAGCUGCGACUGCUCCAUGGGCCAUUAUCAAACGCGAAGAAGCCAUAUUGAGAGCCCUUCGACUUGCUGAAGCCGUUAAUUGUCCACAUGAUGAGAAUGAUUUGGCUGAUGUUGCAAAAUGUUUGCGAGAGAAAGAUCCGAAAACAUUGGUGUACAAUGAAUGGGGCUCAUUAGGUAUUUGUGAGUUUCCAUUUACUCCAAUUGUCGAUGGAGCAUUUUUAGAUGAAAUGCCACAAAAGAGUAUUGCAAAUGGUCGAUUCAAGAAAACUGAUAUUCUAAUGGGAAGUAAUACGGAUGAAGGAAAUUACUUUAUAAUCUAUUACUUGACGGAACUGUUUAAAAAGGAGGAAGGCAUUACGGUUUCACGUAAAGAAUUUUUGCAGGCUGUGAAAGAAUUGAAUCCAUAUGUAAAUAAUGCCGGUCGUCAGGCGAUUAUUUUCGAAUACACAAACUGGACGGAUCCGAAUAAUGUGGAUAGUAAUCGAGAUGCAUUAGAUAAAAUGGUCGGUGACAAACAUUUCACAUGCGGUGUCAAUGAAUUCGCUCACGGAUAUGCAAAGGAGAAUUUAAACGUGUAUAUGUAUCUGUAUAGUCAUCGAAGUACAACUAGUCCAUGGCCUAAAUGGACUGGUGUAAUGCAUGCUGAUGAAAUUAAUUUUGUCUUUGGCGAGGCAUUAAAUCCAUCACUUGAAUACACACCGGAAGAGAAACAAUUUAGCAAGCGUAUUAUGCGAUAUUGGACCAAUUUCGCUAGAUAUGGCAAUCCAAAUGGUCAAUCAACUGAAAACCUAUGGCCCAAGCACAGUGCGAACGGAAAAGAGUUUUAUGAGCUUGCCAUAAAUGUAACACACAUUGGUCGGGGACCACGACUGCGCCAAUGUGCAUUCUGGAAAGACUAUUUACCGCAACUUUUAACAGCAACAACCCCCCCAGCGUCGGUAAAUAGUAGUCAAUGUACUAAUGGUGGUCGUACCAUAACAACUAAUAGCUAUGUAGCUUCAAGUUUAGCCAUAGUUUUCUUGAUAUUUCAUAGUAUCAAACAUAUUCGAGCCACAUUAUUAUGUUGGACAUCGGCGUAAAUAAGCAUUUAAAUGAACAAACCAACCAAACUAGAACACUUCGACGACAACAACUACGAUUACGUCUACGACACAUUAUCUAAAGUGGGUGAGAAUGUUAACGCGAAAACAUUUCAAUGCUCAAAACUUUAGAAUUCAUUGGCAAAAAAAAUAUAUGCAAACCAUUUGAUUUCCCUACUAGCAUAACAUCCGAACCUCUUCACUAAACUAAAACAAACAACAUUUGUUUUGCGUCUAUUUAAUCACGAUUUUUCAAUGAAAGAAAUUGAUCAGAUGUUUAAUUACACUUAAAAAGAGAAAUUGCUUCAUAUAAAUAAAAAUCAACACUCAAAAUAGCGAAAGAAGAAAACAUAAAAUACACAAAAAAACAACAUUCAUUCUUACAUCUUCACGUCUCAUCUCAAUCAUACUCACCAAAGGAGAAAAAAACAAAGAAUGAUCAAUGCCACUGACACCGCAUUUCAUUCAAAAUGCCUGUUUUUUUUUUCAUUUGAAUGCGUUUAUUAUUGGUCCAAACAAAAAGCAUAAACACUAAGUAAUAAAAUUAGAGAAGAAGAAAAAAAUCAACUUUAGAUAAGGACAAGUCAAAAAUGAAAAUAAAAAAAAAUAAAUAAAAAUAAUAAUGUAGACCAAUGCUGUAGAUCACCUAAGUGCAAAUUUCCCAUUCAUAACAACCACUAAAGACUUUAUAAGGGUCAUUUGCUUGAUACAAAUAACGAAAGACUACAAAACAACAACAACAAAAAUGAAAACUAAUAUAAGCCCAA